UUGUAUACAUAACGUACCGGGAAUGACGUCGGAAUACAAACCGGAGUCGGAAAGCAAUUGAUCGGCCUUCUCACGGAAGCCCUAUCUCGCCGGCCGGAGUGGGCCCAAGGCUUUUGCGUUAUACUGGAGGAUAGCAGAAGCCGUACUUAUAACCCGACCCGGUUGAGAAUUUGGAUAUUUGGCCCUUUAUUUUUGGGCCUUUGUGUUGUUUAGUGUUUGCUUGCACAGAGCAUUCUUCUUUCUGAGUAUGACGACUCGUAUAGCUCCGGGAGUGGGAGCAAACCUGCUGGGCCAACACGCAGCGGAGCGCAACCAAGACGCCACCGCCUAUGUCGGCAACCUCGACCCUCAGGUUUCUGAAGAGUUGUUAUGGGAGUUGUUUGUUCAAGCAGGUCCAGUAGUCAAUGUUUAUGUCCCUAAGGACAGAGUUACUAAUGCUCAUCAGGGAUAUGGCUUUGUGGAAUUCCGAAGUGAAGAAGAUGCUGACUAUGCAAUAAAGGUACUGAAUAUGAUUAAACUUUAUGGGAAACCAAUAAGAGUGAAUAAGGCAUCACAAGAUAAAAAGAGUGUUGAUGUUGGUGCCAACUUGUUUGUUGGGAACCUUGAUCCUGAUGUUGAUGAGAAGCUUCUAUAUGACACUUUUAGUGCUUUUGGAGUUAUUGUCUCAAAUCCAAAGGUUAAAGUCAUUUCCCUUCUACUUUCAUAUGAUUCAUGAUU